UACCUAUCCAACUGGAAGAUCAAAUUUAAAAUUUUUAUAUUAAAAUGUCAGUAUAUAUGACUUUCGUACAUUGUAUAUAAAUUAUUUUUUUAGUGAAAAAUUCCGGUAAUAUUAUUUUAAUGACUAGCUGAAUAUUGAUCAAACAAAUCCAAAAAUGGAAGAAGAUGAAGUUGAAGAAGUCCAACUCAAUAACGAUCUUGAAAGAAAAAUCGCGGAUGUUUUUGAUGUUUUUGAUCAUGCAGGCACAAAAACAAUUGAUAUCCGCGAAGUUGGAACAGUUGUAAGAGGUUUAGGAUGUUGUCCUACUGAAGCUGAGGUUCAGGAAAUAACGUUUAAAGUAGAGGACCACAGUAAUCCUGGAAAUGUACGUUUAGCAACAUUCAUUCCAUAUGCUUGCCAGUUUCUUGCUGAACACAAAUAUGAGCCUGCUACACCAGAACAAUUAUUGGAAGCCUUUCACACUCUAGAUUCCGAAGGGUACGGCUAUUUAACUAAAGACAAUUUAAUAACUCUUAUGACACAAGCUGGAGAACCUUUUAAUCAGGAUGAGUUGGAUGAAAUGUUAGAACUAGCUAUUGACCCUCACACAAACACAUUGCCUUAUGAGUAUUACAUUAACCAGUUAAUGUUUGAACCCCCUGAAGAUAAAGAUAUUUACAAACUAUCUGAUAUCAUUGAAGCUGAAAAACCCCCUCCCCCGCCUCCAACAAGGAGAAUGUCAGAGUUUAUGGCUGAAAUGGAAAGUGAAAUGGCCACUUAAAUUUAAAAUAUACCUUUAUUAAAAAUAAAAUAAAUUCACCCUUCACAAUUUAGAAAACACAGGCUUUUCUUUGCUUAGUUGUGCACCAAUGGCGUUCUUGAAAUCAUCACUUUGUAGCAUGAGUUGAUUCCAUAGUUUCUACAAAAUAAAACGUUUUUUAGAUCGAUUAAUCAACUUAAUGAUGGUUUUAUUGGCUACCAUUUGAUCUAAACCUUCUUGGACGGAGUGGUCGCGGCCAUAAACCAUGCAGACUUUAGUACCUUGGACUGCUACAGGCGACUUUUGGGCUAUUUCGUCAGCAAUACUUAUAACUUUAGAUAACAU